AUGUCUGACCAACAAAGUGAACCUGAGGGUGAUGAUUACCCACAAAAACGCAAGCAAAGACGCUAUAGAACUACCUUCACAAGUUUUCAACUAGAAGAACUCGAAAAAGCAUUUUCAAGAACGCAUUAUCCGGAUGUUUUCACACGGGAGGAAUUAGCAAUGAAAAUUGGCCUUACAGAAGCUAGAAUACAAGUUUGGUUUCAAAAUAGAAGAGCAAAAUGGCGCAAACAAGAAAAAGUUGGACCUCAAAGUCAUCCGUACAAUCCUUAUUUGGUUGCGCAAGCUGGAAGCUCGUUUAGUGCACCUCAUGUAAAUAAUAUGCAGACGAGUCCAUUUUCUUCAUUGACAUUUAAUAUGCGAAAGUCGUAUAAUCCAGCAGCUUUAGUUGCUUUAAGAUAUCCACAUCUUUCUUUUGAGUCUACGCACUUUCUUCAUAGUUUGCAUAGGUCACCAAAUGCAUUAUCUAUCGGUCAUAAUAGACCUGAAGGAUUUUAUACAUCACCAGAAUCUUUGCAAAACCUAUUAGCAAAUAUGACUGUCCCGCAACAUUCAACACAUGCUAUUUCACCAGUAGAAUAUGUUUCCCAUAGUAGAAUGCAACAAAGAAUACCUUCACCAUCGGAAUCAACAAGAGCUUCAACGUCACAGUCGAAAGAAACAGAAGACAUAAGAACUUCAUCAAUUGCAACGUUGCGGUUGAAAGCUAGAGAACAUGAAAAAGAACUAGACAAGAUGAGGAAUAAGCCUAAUGAUGAUAGUUCCAACUAA